AUGACGUGCAAGGGCCAGCACGUGAGCUCCGUGUACGGCUGCAUCUACCAAGGCACCCUCUGCUCCGACCACGGCCUGUGCAACCAGGACCUCCAAGGCACCGGCUCUUGCUUCUGCCAGACCGGCUUUGAGGGCGACCACUGCGAGGUCGCCAUCGCAAGCAACACGAGCGACGUGCCGCUCGGGGCCAUCCUGGGCUCCAUCAUCCCGGCGGCGGUGAUCGCGUUGGUGGUGCUGUGCUGCAUCAUCGUGGGCCUGGCGGUGUGGAUGAAGCGGGCGGAGAAGGAGGACGACUGGGAGGUGGACAUGAACGAGCUGGAGAUGGGCGAACAGCUCGGCACCGGCGGCUAUGGUGAAGUGCGCAAGGCCAUGUGGAAGGGCACGGAGGUGGCAGUGAAGAUGAUGAUCUCGGAGAAUGCCGGACGCGAGCUGGAGCGGAACUUCAAGGAAGAGGUGCGGGUGAUGACGGCGCUGCGGCAUCCCAACGUGGUGCUGUUCAUGGCGGCAUGCACCAAGCCGCCCAAGAUGUGCAUCGUCAUGGAGCUCAUGGCCCUCGGCUCCCUCUUUGACCUGCUGCACAACGAGCUGAUCCCGGACAUCCCGUUCGCGCUGCGCAACAAGAUGGCCUACCAGGCGGCCAAGGGCAUGCACUUCCUCCACUCGUCGGGCAUCGUGCACCGCGACCUCAAGUCCCUCAACCUGCUCCUCGACUCCAAGUGGAACGUCAAGGUGAGCGACUUCGGCCUGACCAAGUUCAAGGAGGAGAUGAACCGCAACGCGGCCAAGGAGGUCCAGGGCAGCGUGCACUGGACGGCGCCAGAGAUCCUCAACGAGGCCAUGGAUAUCGACUACAUGGUGGCCGACAUCUAUUCGUUCGGCAUCAUCUUGUGGGAGCUGAGCACUCGGCAGCAGCCCUACAUGGGCAUGAGUCCGGCGGCGGUGGCAGUGGCGGUGCUGAGGGACAACACGAGACCGCCGCUGCCCGAACUCGAGCAAACCUCGGUGCCGGCCGAGUUCGUGGAGCUCAUCCGCAACUGUUGGCAUCACGACCCGACCGUUCGCCCCUCCUUCCUGGAGGUGAUGACGCGACUGAGCGCGCUCGGCGGUGAGGGCGGUACGUCGUCGCUCACCCGGACCUCGACCUCGUCUUCAUCGGGCGGCGGCGUUGAUCGGUUGGGAUCGUGGACCACGCCAUCGGGCGGGUCGGCGAGCAACACCAGCACGGGCUCCUCCAGCUCCGACGGGCGAGGGUCGGCGGCGUCAUCCGGUGGCGGUGGUGCGGCGGGCGGGGUGCGCGCGCCAGAGGGCGAGAUGGCGAUCGUGUUCUCGGACAUCACGCGCGCUGCCUCGCUGUGGGAGUUCAACGCCGAGGCCAUGCGCGACGCCACGCUCCUCCACAACGACACCAUGCGGUCGCUGCUCAAGAAGCACCGCGGCUACGAAGUCGUCUUCAUCCGGGACAGGAACAGCGGGGAGGGCUCGUUCUGCAUGGCCUUCCAGAACACGACCGACGCGCUCGAUGGGGCGACGGACGACCGGGUGCUGUUCAAGGGGCUGCGGGUGCGGAUGGGGGUGCACGUGGGGCAGCCGCGCAUGGUGCGGGACCCGAUGACAAGGCGCGUGGAGUACAUCGGGCCGGUGAUCAACGCGGCGGCGCGCAUCACGGCGAUGACGCACGGCGGGCAGAUCCUGCUGUCGGGGGCCACGUUCGACAAGGUGCGCGGCGAGAGCGAGCUGGCGAGCAAGGAGGCCAAGCGCAUGGUGUGCCUGGGCAAGUUCGAGAUGCCCGACUCCCCCAAGGGGGCGAAGCUGUACGAGCUGAAGCCGCGAGGCCUCGAUGGUCGAUUCUUCGGCGGCGUGUCGCGAGGCGGAGCACACAACAAGGACUCGGAUCAGAGUCCCUCGUUGGACCAGCAGAGCGGGGGCAAGAGCCGGCAGGAUGGAGACGAGCGUGAGGCGCGCGGCGAGGGACACUCCUCGAUGUCGAGCGCGAGCAGCGAUGGGGAGAUGCAGGCGGUGGUGGGCGAGGGCAUGAUGUUCCAGGAGGACAACUUCCUCACGUCGGCCAACCUGUGCCGCUGGGUGAUCGACUUCAACGAGAUCGCCCUCGGCAAGCAGGUGGGGCUGGGGUCGUACGGGGUGGUGUUCAAGGGCAAGUGGAAGGGCGUCGAGGUGGCGGUGAAGCGGUUCAUCAAGCAGAAGCUGGACGAGCGGCGCAUGCUCGAGUUCCGCGCCGAGAUGGCCUUCUUGUCCGAGCUCCACCAUCCCAACAUCGUCCUCUUCAUCGGGGCGUGCGUGAAGCGGCCCAACCUGUGCAUCGUGACCGAGUUCGUCAAGAACGGCAGCCUGCGCGACAUCCUGGCCAACAACAGCGUCAAGCUGGCCUGGGCGCAGAAGCUCAAGCUGCUGCACAGCGCGGCGCUGGGCAUCAAUUACCUGCACUCGCUGCAGCCGGUGAUCGUGCACCGCGACCUGAAGCCGUCCAACCUGCUGGUGGACGAGAACAUGAACGUGAAGGUGGCCGACUUUGGGUUCGCGCGCAUCAAGGAGGAGAACGCCACCAUGACCCGCUGCGGCACUCCCUGCUGGACCGCGCCGGAGGUGAUCAGGGGCGAGAAGUACUCGGAGAAGGCCGACGUGUUCUCGUUCGGCGUCAUCAUGUGGGAGGUGCUCACGCGCAAGCAGCCCUUUGCCGGCCGCAACUUCAUGGGCGUGUCGCUCGACGUGCUCGAGGGUCGGCGGCCGGCGGUGCCGAGCGACUGCGGUCAGGCCUUCAAGAAGCUCAUGAAGAAGUGCUGGCACGCCGAGGCCAAGAAGCGGCCGUCGAUGGACGACGUCGUCACGCAGCUCGACGCUCUCCUUGGUCCCGACCACCACGCCGUCUAA